AACCAUAUCAGUGUGAUAUGUGCAGUAAAUCAUUCGCUAAAAGUACUAACUUAACUGAUCACAAACGCAUUCAUACUGGAGAAAAACCAUAUCACUGUGAUAUCUGUGGUAAAUCAUUCAAUCAAAAUAACCAGUUAAUUAAACACAUACGCAUUCAUACAGGAGAAAAACCCUAUCACUGUGACGCCUGUGACAAAUCAUUCUCUCGAAAUGAUGAGUUAACUGCACACAAACACGUUCAUACAGGAGAGAAACCUUAUAGGUGCGAUAUCUGUGGUAAAUCAUAUACUCUAAAUAAUGCUUUGACUGUACACAAACGUAUUCAUACUGGAGAAAAACGAUUUAUUUGUGAUAUUUGUGGUCAAGCAUUUAUUCGAAAUUCUUCUUUAGAAGGACAUAAAAGAAUUCAUACUGGAGAAAAACUAUAUCAUUGUGAUAUUUGUGGUAAAGCAUUUACACAUAGUCCUGCUGUAACUGUACACAAACGCAUUCAUACAAGAGAAAAACCAUAUCAUUGUGAUAUUUGUGGUAAAUCAUUCCUUCAAAGUGGUUGCUUGCGUGAUCACAAACGUAUUCAUACUGGAGAAAAACCAUAUCAUUGUGAUGUCUGUGGUAAAUCAUUUAUUCAGAGUAACGAUUUAAAGGGACAUGUACGUAUUCACACUGGAGAAAAACCAUAUCAUUGUGAUAUCUGUGGUAAAUCAUUCUCUCAACGUGCUGCUGUAACUGUUCACAAACGUGUUCAUACCAGAGAAACGCCAUAUCACUGUGAUAUCUGUGGUAAAUCAUUCUCUCAACUUACUGCUAUAACAGUACAUAAACGUGUUCAUACCAGAGAAAAGCCAUUUCAUGUAUAUUAUAUUGAUUCUUGUUUUAUCAUUAUUGUAUUUUAUCCAGAGAUUAAUUCUGUUGUUGAGGUCGUUUGGAUUUCUGUUGCUGAUUAUAGCUUGAAUUUCAGCCGCUUAAGAACAACUGUUACUUUUGGUUCUAAAAAGAUGGCAAAAAGCUUGGCAAAGUCUUCAUAUGAAUGUGAUAUCUGUAACAAGUCAUUAACUUCAAGAAGCACUUUAACUGCUCACAUACGUAUUCAUACAGGAGAGAAACCAUAUCGCUGUGAUAUCUGUGGUAAAAGGUUUACUAGAAGAGGUGAAUUACCUGUUCAUUUACGUGUUCAUACAGGAGAGAAACCAUAUCGGUGUGAUAUCUGUGGUCAGUCAUUCAUGCGUAAAGAUAUUUUAACUACACACAGACGUAUUCAUACAGGAGAGAAACCAUAUAAAUGUGAUAUGUGCAGUAAGUCAUUUGCUAAAAGUACUAACUUAACUGAUCACAAACGCAUUCAUACUGGAGAAAAACCAUAUCACUGUGAUAUCUGUGGUAAAUCAUUCAAUCAAAAUAACCAGUUAAUUACACAUAGACGCAUUCAUACAGGAGAGAAGCCCUAUCACUGUGAUGUCUGUGACAAAUCAUUCUCUCGAAAUGAUGAGUUAACUACACACAAGCUAAGUCAUACAGGAGAGAAACCUUAUAGGUGUGAUAUCUGUGGUAAAUCAUUUACUCUAAAUAAUUCCUUCAAUGUACAUAAACGUAUUCAUACUGGAGAAAAACGAUUUAUUUGUGAUAUUUGUGGUAAAGCAUUUAUUCAAAAUCAUUGUUUGGAAGUACAUAAAAGCAUUCAUACUAGAGAAAAAUUAUAUCGCUGUGAUAUUUGUGGCAAAGCAUUUACACAUAGUCCAUCUUUAAUUGUACACAAACACAUUCAUACAAGGGGAAAGUCGUAUUGUUGUGAUAUCUGUGGUAAAUCAUUCUCUGAUCGUACUGCUGUAACUGUACAUAAACGUGUUCAUACUGGAGAGAAGCCAUAUCAUUGUGAUAUCUGUGGUAAAUCAUUCUCUUACAAAAAUGUGUUAACUAAGCACAAAUGCAUUCAUAUGGGAGAAAAAUCAUAUCAGUGUAAUAUCUGUGGUAAAUCAUUCUCUCAACAGGAUGAUUUAGCUAUUCAUGUCUGUAUUCCUCAUUGAGAUAAAGAAUCUCCUUGUGGCAGAUAAGAGACUGAACAAUCCCUUAACUGUAUGCAUUCAUACCCAUGUAUGGAACUAAAUAAUAAGGAAUAAACAAAUCAUAAAAUAUAAUACAAGGUGUUCAAAAAGUCUCUCCACAGUAAGUAUUUUAUUGUAAAAGAAAUAUUUAUAAGAUGGUGUAAGACUACAAAAGAAUAUAUACAGUCUUUGUAUUUUUAUAACAAUUUAAACUCUAAAUAAAACUGGUUUACU